AUACCAGACCAGCAUAGUAGUGCCGCUAAAAUUGUAUUCCUAUCUACUCCAUGGCCAACCCGAUCGCUCUCCCUCUAUAUAAAAAAAUCCCACGUAAAAACACUUUACAAAGACUCUUUGAUAUCCUAAUCUUCUUCCUUCUCCUUUCUCUUCUUAUUUAUCGUUUUCUCUUCCUCAAAAAUCAUGGUCUCACUUGGUUGCUUGCCUUCCUAUGCGAGUCAUGGUUCACCUUCACUUGGGCUCUCGUCAUCAGCACCAAAUGGAAUCCUGUUGAAUAUAAAACGCAUCCAGACCGACUCUUACAAUGGGUACCUGAACUUCCAUCGGUGGACAUGUUUGUGACAACUGCGGACCCUGUGCUAGAACCACCUAUCAUCACAGUAAACACCGUGCUCUCUUUGUUGGCAAUUGAUUAUCCAGCUCACAAGCUAGCUUGUUACGUAUCAGAUGAUGGUUGUUCUCCAAUCACUUACUACUCUCUUGUGGAAGCCUCAAAGUUUGCCAAGCUUUGGGUUCCAUUUUGUAAGAAGUACAAUAUUCAUGUUAGAGCCCCCUUUCGAUACUUUUCUAGUAACCCCCAAACUUUCGGUGGUAGUUCAAGUGAUUUUCAACAGGAAUGGAAAAGAAUGAAGGAUGAGUAUGAGCGACUUAGCCACAAAAUUGAGGAUGCGGUCCAAAAGUCUGUGCCAAGUGAUUUUAAUGGAGACUUUGCAGAAUUCUCGAACAUAGAACGCAGAAACCAUCCAGCUAUUAUCAAGGUUAUAUGGGAGAACAAGACAAAUCUUCUAGAUGAAUUGCCACAUUUGGUUUAUAUAUCAAGAGAGAAGCGACCAAAACAUCCACAUCAUUACAAAGCAGGAGCCAUGAAUGUUCUCGCCAGAGUCUCUGGUUUGAUGACGAAUGCUCCCUAUAUGUUGAAUGUAGACUGUGAUAUGUUUGUCAACAAUCCAAAAACUGCUCUUCAUGCAAUGUGCCCACUACUGGAUUCCAAGAGUGAAAACAAAAUUGCAUUUUCUCAAUUCCCACAAGUGUUCUAUGGUGGAUUAAAGGAUGACCCAUAUGGUAAUCAAAUGGUGGUUUUAUUUAAAUAUAUGGUGCAUGGAAUAGCAGGACUUCAAGGACCUUUUUAUGGUGGAACAGGAUGCUUUCACAGUCGGAAAGUUAUCUAUGGUCUAUCUCCAGAUGAUGUAGAUUCGGAAAAUGAAAAAACGGCUAAUAACAUUCUUUCAAAUUUUGGGAGUUCAAAGGAGUUGAUCAAAUCAGGUGCUAAUGCUUUAAAAGGGAAGACAAAUCCACCACCCAAUCUUUCGAAUUCUAUUCAGGCAUCAUACCAAGUCAGUGGUUCUGGUUAUGAGUAUGGUACUAGUUGGGGUACAAAGGUUGGCUGGAAAUAUGGAUCGACCACAGAAGAUAUCCACACUGGACUAAUGAUCCAUAAAAGAGGUUGGAGGUCGGCCCUUUUAUCACCAAACCCACCGGCCUUUUUAGGGUGCGCACCCUCAGGUGGGGCUUCCGUAGCAACCCAACAAAAGAGGUGGGUAACAGGCCUACUUGAAAUUCUUUUUAGCAAAAGUUGUCCUAUAUUUGCUACUCUCUUUGGAGAGCUUCAAUUUAGGCAAUGUUUGGCAUAUUUAUGGGUCCUCAUGUGGGGCCUACGCUCCAUCCCCGAGCUAUGCUAUGCUGCUUUGCCUGCGUAUUGUCUCAUCACCAACUCCCACUUCUUGCCCAAGGUGCAAGAACCAACACUAUAUGUACUAGUUGCUAUCUUCAUCAUUUACAACGUAUACACUUUAUCCGAGUACCUAAGAAGCGGCCAAUCAGUUCGAGCAUGGUGGAAUAAUCAAAGAAUGUCACGAAUAAACACAAUGAAUGCAUGGUUAUUCGGAUUUCUCAGUGUGAUACUUAAGCUCUUAGGAAUAUCUGAGACAGUCUUUGAAGUAACACAGAAAGACCAAUCUAGUGAUGAUGCCAGUGAUGCUGAAGCAGGAAGGUUCACCUUCAACGAGUCCCCAAUUUUCUUGCCUGGUACAACCAUUUUGGUGGUGCACUUGACAGCGUUGGUUGUAAGUUUAUUAAAGUUGCAACCUCCAGCUCGUGAUGGGCAAGGGUCUGGGCUAGGGGAGGUAUUUUGUAGUGUGUAUUUGGUGUUAUGCUUCUGGCCAUUUUUGAAGGGAUUAUUUGGGAAAGGAAGACAUGGGAUUCCCUCAUCUACAAUAUGCAAGUCAAUUGCUUUUGCAUUACUUUUUGUGUACUUUUGUAGAAGGGCUACAAUAGGUUGAGACUUUGGUCAUGAAAUUAUUUUCUUUGCUCACUACGAUUGAGGUUUUGGUCAUGAAAUUAUGAUGUUUCUCACAGUAGGUUCAAACUCAAAUUUAGAAAAUCAAAACUUGUAUGAAUUCUUGAUGUGAGAGAUAUUAUGGUUCAAGAGACUAAAUCUACCUUACGUAGGUGCCCAUGUAUUAACAUGUUCCCCCUCCAUCCCUACCCCACCCCCGAAUGAUUAUAGAAUUUUAUUUUUCUUUAU